CUGAAGCCGAAGGCCAGUGCUCCGCGGGCUCCCGACCCGCAGCUUACUCGCCGCCCCGCCCCACCAAGCUUCGCCGCGGGACGGGUAACGGUUACGAAGCACUUUCACGCCGCGAUUUCUGCUUAGUCAUUGUCUUCCAGGAAACGGCUCUCAUUUGGGAGUCAACUCUCAUUCGGCGGCCGCAGCAGCAGGAACCGCAUCCACCAGCGCGUCCUUCCCGGGCCACCGCUCCGCCGCCGCUAUCCGGCCUCUGUCGGGCCCGAGCGCAGGCCGAGGUCCCACCGCGUGGGGCGGGCAGCCUCGCGCCCAGCUUUUCGGCUUCGGGCACUCUAUCUGCCGGGGUUCCUUCUUCCCCGCCUGCGGCCCCAUCACCGCUCAGUCUCCUCCGUCGGCCGCUGCCAUGGGCACCGACAGCCGCGCGGCGAGGGCGCUCCUGGCGCGGGCCCGCACCCUGCACCUGCAGACAGGGAACCUGCUGAACUGGGGCCGCCUGCGGAAGAAGUGCCCGUCCACGCACAGCGAGGAGCUUCGAGAUUGUAUCCAAAAGACAUUGAAUGAGUGGAGUUCCCAAAUCAGCCCGGAUUUGGUCAGGGAGUUUCCUGAUGUCUUGGAAUGUACUGUAGCUCAUGCAGUAGAAAAGAUAAGUCCUGAUGAAAGAGAAGAAAUGAAAGUUUCUGCAAAACUGUUCAUUGUAGGAGCAAACUCUUCAUCAGCAACUAGAAAUGCAAUUGACAUGGCCUGUUCAGUCCUUGGCAUCGCACAGCUGGAUUCUGUGAUUAUUGCUUCACCACCUACUGAAGAUGGAGUUAAUCUUUCCUUGGAGCAUUUGCAGCCUUAUUGGGAGGAAUUGGAAAACUUAGUUCAGAGUAAAAAGAUUGUUGCCAUAGGUACCUCGGAUCUGGACAAAACACAGCUGGAACAGCUGUAUCAGUGGGCCCAGGUAAAACCAAAUAGUAACCAAGUUAAUCUUGCCUCCUGCUGUGUGAUGCCACCCGAUUUGACUGCGUUUGCUAAACAAUUUGACAUACAGCUGUUGACUCAUAAUGAUCCAAAAGAACUGCUUUCUGAAGCAAGUUUCCAAGAAGCUCUUCAGGAAAGCAUCCCUGGCAUUCAAGCACAUGAGUGGGUACCACUGUGGCUGCUGCGCUAUUCAGUCAUCGUUAAAAGCAGAGGAAUUAUCAAAUCCAAAGGCUACAUCUUACAAGCUAAAAGGAGAGGUUCUUAACUAUGACUUAGGGUGAUAACCUGCUGACUUGUAUUUUCUUUGAAUGUAAGAUACAGUUGAGACAUGUAAAAAUCCAAUUACCGCAUCGUCAUUGAUGCAGGCAUCCUCUAGUUAUAUAUUUGACAUCUACCUGUCAAGUUUUGAAUACUGCUCUUGCCUCUUAUCAGUUCACUCACAGGAACCUCUGUAUUGUUUUCAUUAAACUAUUGUUUUCUAAUUGAAAUUAUCUACAAAGAAAAUAUUUGCAAUAUAUUUUUCCUUUAUUUUUAUGACUAACAGAAAUCAAGAAAAUGUGUUGUUAGAUAUAUUUUGGCCUAGGCAUCAGGGUAAUGUAUAUAUGUAUUUUUUAUUUCCAAAAUAUUCAUGGCUUCCUACUCGAUAGCAAAACUAAGCAAUUUGGUGACAAUUGUUAAGACUGAAAUAGAGGAAGAUAUUUUUUCUUGUGUUAAGAUGAUUAUAUCUCAGAGUAACUGGAGUAGCUGGGAUCUACUAGUAGUAUAAAUAAAAUUCAUUUCUUCAGUAUAUGGAUAAAAACAAGCCUGCUUGCAGUUUACGUAUAAUGAUUUAACCUUGUACUCUUGUGCCAUACUUUCUCUUGCUAUUAUUUAGAAAGAUAAACCAAAGUAAAUCUAAAAAGGAGACUAGAAACUUCAAAAUUAUUGUUUGGGGGUUUUAUACCAGCAACUAUUAAUCACCUUCAGAUUCUUUUUAAUUCUUGAUUCAUCCUUGACAUUUUGCUAUUCACUCAAGAAUAUCUAAUAAUUGUUGAGCACUUGCCAUGUGCUGGGUGCUGCGGGCUCUGGACAGAGGAGAGCGUGGGGGGUGGGGGGGGUAAGAUUAGUUGUUAACUACGUGACACUGAUGACUGACUGUGAGGGGCCACAGGCCAGAAGGGGGUGAAAAAGUCUUUAAUUUACAGCCAGCGUUGUCUAUUUAGACUAGUUUGUUUGAGAUAUGGUCUUAAUUAUUUAAAAGCAAAACAAUAUAAUCAAAACUUUAGAGCUAGAAGAGACUAUACAUCAUUUGGUAUAAUUUCUCAUUAGUUUAAGAACCAGAAAAUACCAAAUAAAUAAUCUGUGACCCAUUGAAAUAUACUAUACCUCUCCUUAAUUCCAUAAAUUUGAAAAGUUCUUUAAAAAUCUCUUGUAUCUCAAUCAAUCCUUUUUAAACCAUGUAUUUUAAUAUAUGGUUUAUAAAACUAUAUGUAUAUAUAAACUAAUAUAUAAAAUUAAUUUGCCCAAGUUUUUUCAACUUAGGCUAAAGAACUGUGGUUACACAUUCAAAGUAUAUACACUAGAUGCUUUUUCUGUCAUAAAUCAGGUUUUGUGGCUUUGUGGCUGGAUAAUUUGAUCAUUAGAAUUAUGUUAAAUCAGAGACUUAUCUGCUAAAACUUGUUUAGACUUUAAGCUUCCUAAAGCCUUAGAUAGCCUUUAUAUUAAUUGCAAGUAAUGUUAUUAAAUGUAUAGAGUUAACUUUUUUAUUUGGAACUGUACAUUUUUCAUAUAAAAUAAGUCUUUAAACAAAUGCUUGUUUUAAUUUAAGCCUCUAUACAGUGAGUUGGUCAAGAUAUUUUGAGAAGGAAUUUUAAUAUCACAUUUAUUGUUGUUUUUUAAGCCUUCAACUUAAAAAAAUAGAUUGUUUGAAGUGUUAUUUGAAAUGGGAAAAACAUUUAUGUUGCUAGUGUAUCCAACCUUAAAAGAAGCUCUUCUGUGUUCUUCUUUUCCUUGAUGAAGAUUAUAGAUUCGCUUUGUGUAGGGGAUCAUGUAUGGAAUUUUUUAAUUAGUUUUUGAUUAUUUCACUUCUGUACUUUUAAUUUCUAUUAUUGAAUAACCAUUUUUUUAAAAACUUAUUUUUAAGGCUUUAUAUAUGUCCAAGCUGAUGUCGACAUCUUUUUGUGUGUGUGUAUGAGCUAUCAGAAAAUAGUAAAUACUGUUCAGAUUUUAAGAACUUAAUGUUUAAGAAGCCAUAAAAUAAAGAACAGUAAUACUACCAAAUAAUUGCUUAAAGCGGAAAGCUAACUUAUCAAUAGUGUCUAUUACAGAUGUUUCUUAGGGAGAUGUAUAUCUGGUGGACCAAGUUAGAAAGAGUUUAUAUAAUUGUUUGUUUUUUCAGUAAAACAUGAAAAAAACCUGUAGCUGAUUAUUACAUUUCCAAAAUACACUGGAGCCUUACUUUAACAAAAUGUACUGUAACUUGGAAUCUGUUCUGUGAUAAGUAUAUCUUGAAUUCUCAACCAGGAAACUGUAGUCAGUCUCCAGAAGGACCAAGGCAUCUUAUAAAAUCUGUUCAUGUGGUAUAAAUUCCGAAGCCCUCUUGUGCCAGUAAGCUAGUAGAGUACUCAUUUAGGGAUCACCUAUGCUAGAGAUUGAGUCACAAAUAAUAACUAAUAAUUUUUCCAUUCUCAAAAAAGAUAAAACAGCUAGGUAUGAAAUAGGAAGUGAAGUCAUUCUAUUUUGAACAAAUGGUUCAGACUUUUCCCUGCCAGAGCCAAGUAGUAACUGAAAUAGAAUCUCCAUUUUCAGUAAUGAAAGGUCUAAGACUUGUUUGAUUAUAUGUCUUUUCAGAAAAGAUUUUCUAAUAUUUCCACCCAGCAUUUUCAAUAUUUGAAAAUGUGACUGAUAUAUUUAUCAUAUAUUGGCUGACAGUUCAUCUUUCUGCCAGUUGUGCAUUUAGAGAAAUUUGAAGUUGUUUUCAUGAGAAUUUAAACUUUGUGUUUUUAUACUCAAAUAUAUCAACUGAUAUAUUAUGAUUCCAAACCCAUUUUUGUAAAGUUAAUGUCCUAGUGUACCAGAACUUGUACCUGUCAUUUUCCCAUAAAGUCAGUGAUGAGUUAUGUCAGUUUUAUUUCUGAAAAUAGGUAGCAUAAGUUUUCCCUACCAGAUAAUUCAACUGGUAUGUGUCUGUAGUGAUGCAUUAUAAAAUACAGGCAAAUAUAUAAAGCAUUAUUAACAUUUAUAAAAUUUUAAAUUUUACUUAUGAAUUUAAUUAAAGUGUGAGGAUAUUCAAGUUGUUUCAACAGUUCAAAGCAUCCUGAAACAUUAUGGUUUUGAACUGUUUGACCUCAAACUGAGUAUAAUUUGAAAAUAAAUUACGAAUAAUCUUUAAAUAAAAAAGCCAUAAAGCUAUUCAUGCAUUCAUUCAACAGAUGUAUCAGAUGCUUACUGUGUGACAGGCACUGUGCAAGGUAUUUGCAGAUAGACAUGGAAAUGAAAAGACAAACUAUCUGCAAGGAGCUUGUAGUGUAUUUGGCGGGGGGGAGAUCUGUAACAGAACCAGGGCAAUAAAAAGCUGCAUCUAUUAACAGUAGCUGUGGUGAGAAGGGGUUGGGAUAUGUGGAAGGAAAUGGGGCUUGGAAGUACUAUUCUAGAAGACUGAUGAAGAAAUUAGCCUUAGGGCAGGACCAGAGGAGGAAGUGCGGGUGGGCCCAGAGGCCCUUUUUGCCUGGUUUGUAAAUAUGCUUUUAUUGAAUGAUGAACAGUUUAUAUAUAUAAACUUUAAAAAUUCAGAGAAAACACUUUCUUCAAGAGCUUGUGCUUACCAGAUAGAAAGGAAUGACUUCUGUUGAGACAAGCGUAGGUAAGUUGGAAAAGUCACAUUUUAUAAAAGAGACUAAAGCUUGCCUAAAUCUCCUAAGUGUUAUCAGGAUAUAGCUUUAAGUAGUUUCACUAUCAGAAAGUCACCUUAAUAUGUAUUCCUCAGCAAUGAAUAAAUGUAUAAAAUGUUGUACAAGA